CAAACCCACGCCUCUAUCUUGCGCAUGCGCACUUGCUCUUAUUUCCAGAGCCAAACGGAGCGCGGUAAUGCAGAAAACGAUUAACAAAAACAGCUUAACGUCUCACCUUUUUGUAGCAAAUAAACCCAUUUCGACCCACUCCCGGUUCCCGCAGAGCCACCAAAGCGGCUACAUGUCAACGGCCGUCGGUUGGAUGCAGCCUGUAGCAGCCUGAAGCUAACUGCAGCAUCAGCAGCUGCGGCAACAUGGCACACUGGAGCACCUUCGAGAAGGAGACGGAGAGAGAGACGAAGAGGCUGGUCAGGUGUCUCAGCGGAGUGCAAGACGAGGAGGACCAGAACUUCCAACUGGCGCUGAAGUUCGCUUGGUCAAACUUCAAGUUUCAUCGGUAUUUGGAUGCCGACAGUCAUAAAAUUCAACGCACAAUCAAUGGAAUCUAUGAAAAGCUGAUGGUCCACUCUGACCUGAGUAAGGCGGGCAGCUGGAGGAGACUGACCGAGGAGUUCCUCACCUCACCACUCCCCAACACCAACGGAGCGAAGACAGACACACACUACGGGAUCCUGUCACUGCUGCUUUUCUUAUCAGAUUCUCCCUCAAACACAAACUUCACUGAGAGACCCAGGGUGAAAGAUGCCGAACCGGAAGACGAGUUCGACUGGGCCAAGUACCUCAUGGAAGGGGAGGACGUGGACGCCGGGCCGUUCCCGGACACGCCGGAGUGGUCGGAGGACGAAAGCGAGGACGACGACCGGCAGCAGCCAAUCAGCAGGGAGGACUCUGGGAUCCAGUUGGACAGAACCCCCCAGGAGGACCAGGACACCACCAGCAAGACGGUGCCAGUCGCGUGGACGGUGGGGGAACCAGACGCCCGGACCUGGCUUGAACAGCAUGUGGUGACUCCAUACUGGGUCGCUCACGCUCCUCGCUUCUCCCACAGCUUGCAUUUACACUCCAACCUGCUCAACGUUUGGGACCAGCACUUGUAUAACACAGAUCCUCUGUAUCUGCCGGAAGAAAAAGCCUUCGUCACCGAGACUCAGGUCGUACGGGAAACCUUAUGGCUUCUCUCCGGGGUGAAGAAACACUUUAUAUUCCAGCAUCAUGACGGCAAAGUGUCGGUGAGGAAUAACGUGGUGGUAACCCAUCUGACAAGUAACUGCCUGCACUCUGUGCUGGAGCACGUCGCCGUGUACGGACAGGCGGUGUUCAGGCUGCAGAGGUUCAUCGACGAGGUGACGGGCCACAGCUCAGAGCCUGGCCCGCCGGGCCCGGCCUCCUCCCACAGCUACAGGAAGGGCUCGGAGCCGCCUUUCAGGACCUACCAGGCUUUUGUUUGGGCUCUCAACAAAUACUUUGCCAGCUUCAAAGAAGAGCUGACCGCAAUUGAGCGAGAGGUCAUCAGCAACGAUGAGACGGUCACCCUGUCCGGCGUUCUAGAGCGUCUCAGCCCUCACCUGGCCCAGAUCAAAGUGUUGCACAAAGUCUUUUGCACGGGAGUCGCUGAAGUUCCCCCGGCAACCCCAAAUGUUGUGCGGGCCUCUCACUUGCUCAAUACUCUCUACAAGGCGAUUAUAGAAUAUGACAGUGUUGGAGAUGCAUCAGAGCAAGCGGUGGCUCUGCUCUUUUCUCUGUGGACUGAGACGGUCAGGCCAUAUUUGGAGAUUGUGGAUGAGUGGAUUGUUCACGGCCAUCUGUUCGAUCCUGCCAAAGAGUUCAUCAUCCAAAGAAAUAAGGACGUCCCAGUAAACCACAGGGACUUCUGGUACGCCACCUACACCCUGUACAGCGUCUCCGAGAUGGUGGACAGCGAGGAAAAGCUGAACGACGCAGCCAGCGGGAGCUCCGGUGGGGAUCCGGGCUCCAGCAACAGGCAGCUCACCAUGGUGUCCUUCCUCAAACCAGUGCUGAAGCAGAUCAUCAUGGCCGGGAAGUCCAUGCAGUUGCUCAAAAAUCUGCACUGUAAAGAAGCCCAGGAUUCCGAGAGGUCCUCCAGAGAUGCAGAGAGGAAGAGUUUGUACACGGUGUUUCUGGAGUCUGUGCAGUCCCGCCUGAGCAGCCCAGAGGAAUCCCCGAACGACAAGAUGACCGAGCAGCAGGCCACGACCAGGAGCAUCAUAAAGAUGCAGUCCAUCAUGGCGCAGCACCUGGAGAUCGAGGACGUCCACGAUCCACUCUUAGCCAUCAACUUCGCCAGACUCUACUUGGAGCAGAGCGACUUCCACGAGCGCUUCUCUGGCGGCGACUUUAUUGUGGACCGCUCGUCUCAGUCGGUCACCUGCCAGACCUUCGAGCUCACCCUGCGCUCCUGCCUCUACCCCCACAUCGAGAGGCGUUACAUCGAGUGCUGCGGCAACCUCAUGAAGACUCUGAAGAAAGACUACAAGUUGCUGGAAUACCUCCAAGCCAUGAGGAACUACUUCCUGCUGGAAGCCGGAGACACCAUGUAUGACUUCUACACCGCCAUCUUUGACAAGGUGCAGGAGAAGGAAAGCUGGCAGCAGCCUUCUUUUCUCAACGUGCUGCUGCAGGAGGCAGUGGGACAGCGCUACCCGGAGGACAGCAGCAGGUUGUCGGUCUUUCUGGAGCCUCUGGACGCGUCCAGGAAAAAGCACCCAGUGAAUAAUUUAGAGGUCCUGACCCUGAGUUACAAGGUCCCCUGGCCCGUAGAUAUUGUGAUCAGCUCCGAGUGCCAGAAGAUUUACAAUCAAGUGUUCCUUCUCCUGCUGCAGAUUAAAUGGGCUAAAUACAGUCUGGACACGCUUCGAUUCAGUGAUUUUGCAGAAGUCACAAAGAAACUGGAAGGAUCUCCUGCUGAGGAAGCAAAGCUGAAAGAACCAAUAAGCCAGCAGAUUCACAGAAUGUGUCUGCUGCGCGUUAAACUGAUGCACUUCGUCAACAGCCUCCACAACUACAUCAUGACCAGAAUUCUGCACAGCACUGGUCUGGAGUUUCAGCACCAAGUGCAGGAAGCAAAAGACCUGGACCAGCUGAUCAAGAUCCACUACAGAUACUUGGCGACCAUCCAUGACCGCUGUCUGCUGAGGGAAAAGGUCAGUUUUGUGAAAGAGGCGAUAAUGAAGGUUCUCAAUCUGGUCCUCAUCUUCUCAGACCGAUGGCAAGCUGGAUUUGGCGCUUGGAAGAUCGAGUCUAUAGAUAAGAUGGAGUCUGAUUUCAAAAACUGCCACAUGUUCCUGGUGACUAUACUUAAUAAAGCCGUCUGCCGGGGCUCCUUUCCCCACCUGGAGUCUCUGGCCCUCUCGCUGAUGGCAGGGUUUGAGCAGUGCUGAGCGACCCUCCAUGUUUCACCCAUUAAUCACUUUGCCUUUGACUGUUGUUAUGUAACCUGCUCAGACUGAUGGAGUGUGACAGUCAUUGUUAGUUCAUCAACAAAACAUCAAGAUCUUUAUUUAAAAAUGGUUUUUGCAAGUUUUUUUUUUUUAUACAAAAUGCCAUGUUGAUUGUAAAUAAUGUCAUGUGUAUAUGCAUAAGCACAAUAAAGUUGCCUUGUUGCUUCUGGAUAGAAAAGGCACAAAAGUUCAA